GACACCCGUCUCCAUGUCACGAUCAGACCCCCUAAUAUCACGCUGGCAAUUACCAUGUCCAUUACUAAUACGAAUAGCUUAAGGCUUUUGCCUUCUUCCUUGCUUACAAUGAAGGAAGGAUUCUGAUCUCAGCUAAGCAAAUCCGUCGUGUUACACAGCAAACUCUUUGAUAUCAUCUAUGAAGCCCGAAUUGGUAUUUCGUUGGCUUCCAGGGGCUAAUCCUUCGUAAUUUGCACCAUAAGCUCACUGGGGACAUCACGGGAAUCACCUCUAGACCGCUAUUCGUUCCCUAGGAAAAAGCAAGCACGGUCCCAUCACCAUGGCUCGACUUCCUUGAGUAGUUCCAAAAUAGACAAUUGGCCACCCGGACCAGUAUCCGUCGACUGAAAAGGGACCUGCCAAGAAAAUAUAUAAACCCCAGCACCUCAUCGACGGAGAGAAAAGAUGCAAUACAACACAAGCCAAGCUUUCGGACGACUACCGACAUCAUUACCUUGACCCCAGACUCCACUUAUCCGAUUAUACCCACCCAAGCAGCUCAUAAUGCAGUUCAUUGUCCAUAUUGCCCUUGCUGGCGCUGCCUUGCUUAACGGCGCCAAUGCUGCUCCCGCCGAGCCAACUACACUACCGGGUCACAUAGUAUGCACCAGUGUCGCAACCAUUACAACCACUGUUCCUCCUGUCGGAGUCUGCCACCCAGUGUGUCUCUCACCAACCAGGACCUGUAGCCUCGGCGAGCCUACCGCUCCCCCUCUACCUACCAUCACGACCAGCACCCUCCCCAACUGUACAAAGGAGGUGGUGUUACAUGGGCAAUGCGACGAGUGCGCCACUUGCCUCCCAGCUCCGACCCCAACCCCUUUGGCCUAAGUUUGCAAACUACACUACGCGGAUGGCGCGUAGUUCUUUAGCAGCUUCCGAAAAGGGCAUUGUGCGAAAGUUACGGCAGUAAGAGAUGAUCUAUAGGCAGGAUUUGCAAGGAGUAGAGCUCAAGCUUCACAGCAUAGGACAGGGGGAAAGUAAAUAGGAAAAGACUUCGCUUUUAUCCUUUAUCUUUUAGUUAAUUCACUCUUUUAUUGCUC